AUGUCGAGGCGCAAGCAGGCAAAACUCCAGCACAUCAACUCCGAGGAGGACCAGGGCGAGCAGCAGGCGCAGCAGGCGACCCCGGAGUUUGCAGAUGCAGCCCCAGUGGCGCCCACGCCGGGGGAGCCGGGUGCUCCAGUAAACCACCCAGGGAACGACAAUGAGGCGAGUGAGGAUGAUGCCACAGUAAAGCGGCUUCGUCGGGAGGAGACGCACGUCUGCGAGAAAUGCUGUGCAGAGUUCUUCAGCAUCUCUGAGCUCCUGGAACAUAAGAAAAAUUGCACUAAAAAUCCACCUGUCCUCAUCAUGAAUGACAGCGAGGGCCCGGUGCCUUCAGAAGACUUCUCUGGAGCGGUACUGAGCCAACAGUCCCCCAGCCCCAGCAGUAAGGAUCACAGGGAGAAUGGUGGCAGCUCAGGGGACAUGAAGGAGAAGCCAGGUGCGGAGUCGGUGGUGUACCUAAAGACAGAGACAGCCCUGCCAUCCACCCCCCAGGACAUAAGCUAUUUACCCAAAGGCAAAGUGGCCAACACUAACGUGACCUUGCAGGCACUACGGGGCACCAAGGUGGCGGUGAAUCAGUGGAGCGUGGAUGCCCUCCCUGCCCCUGUGCCCGGUGCCAACAGCAUCCCGUGGGUCCUGGAGCAGAUCUUGUGUCUGCAGCAGCAGCAGCUCCAGCAGAUCCAGCUGACCGAGCAGAUCCGCGUCCAGGUGAACAUGUGGGCCUCCCACGCCCUCCACUCGAGCGGGGCAGGGGCCGAAACGCUGAAGACCCUGAGCAGCCACGUGUCCCAGCAGGUGUCUGCAGCUGUGGCUUUGCUCAGCCAGAAAGCUGGAAGCCAAGGUCUGUCUCUGGAUGCCUUGAAACAAGCCAAGCUACCUCACGCCAACAUCCCUACUGCUACCAGCUCCCUGUCCCCAGGGCUGGCGCCCUUCGCUCUGAAGCCAGAUGGGACCCGGGUGCUCCCGAACGUCAUGUCCCGCCUCCCGAGUGCUUUGCUUCCUCAGGCCCCAGGCUCAGUGCUCUUCCAGAGUCCUUUUUCCACCAUGGCGCUAGACACAUCCAAGAAGGGGAAGGGGAAGCCCCCAAACGUCUCCGCAGUGGAGGUCAAACCCAAGGUCGAGGCGGUCCUCUACAAGCACAAGUGUAAGUACUGUAGCAAGGUUUUCGGGACUGAUAGCUCCUUGCAGAUCCACCUCCGCUCCCACACUGGAGAGAGACCCUUCGUGUGCUCUGUCUGUGGUCAUUGCUUCACCACAAAGGGCAACCUCAAGGUGCACUUUCACCGACAUCCCCAGGUGAAGGCAAACCCCCAGCUGUUUGCCGAGUUCAAGGACAAAGUGGCAGUAGGCAAUGGCACCCCCUAUGCGCUCUCUGUACCUGACCCCAUAGACGAAUCGAGUCUUUCCUUAGACAGCAAACCUGUCCUUGUAACCCCCUCCGUAGGGCUACCUCAGAAUCUGUCUUCGGGGACUAAUCCCAAGGACCUCUCGGGUGGCCCAUUGCCCAGUGACCUGCAGCCUGGGCCUUCUCCAGACAGUGAGGGUGGACCCAUACUCCCUGGGUUGGGACCAGACCAUCAUUCCCCAAGGGCUGGUGGCUUCCAAGGGAGUGGGACCCCCGAGCCAGGGUCAGAGACCCUGAAACUGCAGCAGCUGGUGGAGAACAUUGACAAGGCCACCAUCGAUCCCACCGAAUGUCUCAUUUGCCACCGUGUCCUAAGCUGCCAGAGUUCCCUCAAGAUGCAUUACUGCACCCACACUGGGGAGAGACCAUUCCAGUGUAAGAUCUGUGGCCGAGCCUUUUCUACCAAAGGAAAUCUGAAGACACACCUCAGGGUUCACCGAACCAACACGUCCAUUAAGACGCAGCAUUCAUGCCCCAUCUGCCAGAAGAAGUUCACCAAUGCCGUGAUGCUGCAGCAGCAUAUUCGCAUGCACAUGGGCGGUCAGAUUCCCAACACACCCCUGCCGGAGAAUCCCUGUGACUUUACGGGUCCCGAGCCGAUGACAGGGGGUGAGAAUGGCAGCACUGGCGCCAUCUGCCGUGACGAUGUCAUCGAAAGCAUCGAUGUAGACGAAGUUGGCUCCCAGGAGGCUCCCGGCAGCUCCUCGAAGGUCCCCACGCCUCUUCCCAGCAUCCACUCAGCAUCACCCACACUAGGGUUUGCCAUGAUGGCUUCCGUAGAUGCCCCAGGGAAAGUGGGUCCUGCCCCUUUUAACCUGCAGCGCCAGAGCAGCAGAGAAAACGGUUCCGGGGAGAGCGACGGCUUGACCAACGACUCGUCCUCACUGAUGGGAGACCAGGAGUAUCAGAGCCGGAGCCCAGACAUCCUGGAAACCACAUCCUUCCAGGCACUUUCCCCGGCCAAUAGUCAAGCUGAAAGCAUCAAGUCAAAGUCUCCCGAUGGUGGGAGCAAAGCAGAGAGCUCCGAGAACAGCCGCACUGAGAUGGAAGGUCGGAGCAGUCUCCCUUCCACGUUUAUCCGAGCCCAGCCAACCUACGUCAAGGUUGAAGUUCCUGGCACGUUUGUGGGACCCUCAACCUUGUCCCCAGGGAUGACCCCUUUGUUAGCAGCCCAGCCACGCCGACAGGCCAAAAUGAAAUCCAUAUGCACACUGAUUUUUGGAUUGCCAGUUCACUACAUGACACACGGAGCAAACAAUAACUCGGCCCGCCGUGGAAGGAAGCUGGCCAUCGAGAACACCAUGGCUCUGUUAGGUACGGACGGAAAAAGAGUCUCGGAAAUGUUUCCCAAGGAAAUCCUGGCCCCUUCCGUGAACGUGGACCCUGUUGUGUGGAACCAGUACACCAGCAUGCUCAACGGCGGUCUGGCCGUGAAGACCAAUGAGAUCUCUGUGAUCCAGAGCGGGGGCGUUCCUACCCUCCCGGUGUCCUUGGGGGCCAGCUCCGUGGUGAAUAAUGCCACUGUCUCCAAGAGGGAUGGCUCCCAAUCAGGUAUCAGUGCAGACGUGGAAAAACCAGGUGCUACUGACGGCGUUCCCAAACACCAGUUUCCUCACUUCCUAGAGGAAAACAACAUUGCGGUCAGCUAAGCUA